GGAACAUCCCGCACCCCCCCCCCCAAAAAAAAAAAAAUCCCCUCCCCCCACCCCGAUUUUUUUUGGGAUUUUUUUCCCGGAUUUUUAUUUUUUCUUGGAAUUUUGGGAAGAUCGGGCAAGAUGCCACCGCCGUCGCUGUCCCCGCUGUCCCCUCUGCUGCUGCUGCUCCUCUCCAGCUCCGCUCGCGCCGCCGUCCACGUCAACCUCACCGAAGGCUGCCAGAUCAUCCACCCUCCGCGGGACGGCGGCAUCCGCUACCGGGGGCUGACGCCGGACGAGGUUCGGAGCGUCCGGUUCCUGCCCUUCGACUACGAGAUCGAGUACGUGUGCCGGCCCGAGCGCGAGAUCGUGGGGCCCAAGGUGCGCAAGUGCCAGCGCGACGGCACCUGGACGGCCAUGGGCCACCCCAGCCGCUGCCUGCGGACGUGUCCCAAGGCGCACCUGAGCCUGGAGAACGGCCAGGUGGCCACGGGGGCCAUGGAGAGGGUCCCGGUGGAGGGCACCUGGGCCAGGUUCUCCUGCCAGCCCGGCUUCCGCCUGCUGGGCGCCGCGCGCAGCGACUGCACCAAGAGCGGCCGCUGGAGCGAGCCCAAGCCCCAGUGCCUGCCUCAUCGCCCCCUCUCAGGCAAGAAGGCCGUCCACGUGGGGGCGCUCUUCCCCAUGUCCGGCGGCUGGCCGGGGGGACAGGCGUGCCUGCCGGCCGUCAGGAUGGCCCUGGAGGACAUCAACGAGCGCCGCGACAUCCUGCCCGACUACGAGCUCAAGCUCAUCCACUACGACAGCAAGUGUGACCCCGGCCAGGCCACCAAGCUCUCAUGGUCCCACCUGGCGCCAUCUUGGAUUUUGAGGUCCAACCACGAAUUUUGGGGUUUUUGGGGCCAUUUUGGGGCAUUUUUUUGGGCCAUUUUUGGGGUUUUUGGGUCGGAACCGGGCCGGAAC